AACGUUAACAGAUACCGUGAUAUUUUAAUACAAGAUACUGAUAUAUAAAAGCACCACCCACCUCUGCAAAUUGUGCUUAAAAGUUCUAUUUCUAUUGUAAGGGCUCGCAGACAUUCCAUUAUUUGUCUUAGGUGCUCAACAUACUGAACGAACAAUCAUAUUUAGAAACGCAAGAUGCCGACAUUAAGCAAAGUUCCCCCAAUUCUGAGCAAGGAACAAAAGGACUUCAUGACAUGGUUUGAGGCGUUGGAUGAUGAUCAACAGAAGCAAGUGUUUUCUGGACUCAUAUCAAGUGUCUCGCGGAAGCCAGAAGUUAUUUCCAGCAUAGCACGUGGCAUCGCCCCGUUUGACAAACGAGAUUUCAUGGCAGCUCUGCCCAAGAAACUAGCCAUGCACAUUCUGUCGUACUGCGACGCUAGGUCGCUGUGUUGUAGUGCGUUGGUGUCCAAGCAGUGGAAGAGUCUGGCAGAUGACGAUUCCCUGUGGCACAGGAUGUGCUCGCAACAUAUAAACAAGAAGUGCAAACGGUGUGGGUGGGGGUUGCCUCUGGAGGCGGAGACCGAGAUGAAUUUCGAGGACUUGGAGAACGGAGAAGAAGUCCCUAUUGUACAGAGCAAUGGUUGUGGAAAUGGAGACAGUAAUAGUCAUCCAGCGGAUAGUAAAAAACGUUUAUUCGGGGGUGAGAUGGCCGGGUGCUUCAACAACGCCUCGACAGAAAGUGAUAGUGAAAGACAGACCAAACGAUUGAAAAGAGACAGAUCAUGGAAGGAGGUGUAUGCCGAGCGGAUGAUAGUAGAGAAAAACUGGCGGAAGGGACAAUUCCGGGCCGCCAAACUUAGCGCGCACACGGACAGUGUACUGUGCCUAGAGUUUGUGCGAACGCGUAUUGUAUCCGCGGGAUUAGACAAGACUAUUCGUGUGUGGGAUGCCAAUACGCGGGAGUGUAUAAAGACUAUGGAGGUGGAGAACACAGCCAAGUGUCUGCAGUUUGAUAAGAAGAAGGUCAUUGCGGGGUGUGUGGACGGGGGUAUCCGCAUCUUGUGCCUGUGUACGGGUGCUUGUGUGCGAAAGAUCGAUGCUCAUCGAGGACAGGUCAAUACAUUACAGUUCGACGAUCUGAAUCUCGUGUCCGGAGGGUCGGACAGUAUUGUGCAGGUGUGGAGUUUUGUUACAGGUCGGUGUACCCAACUGAAAGGCCAUACCGAUGCCGUCACGUGCGUUAGACUGCACAGUGGGAAGGUGCUCAGUGGCUCUGAAGACCGGACGUUGAAGCUCUGGGAUCUGCAGACUAUGAUCUGCCAGACGACGUUCACGGGACACAAAGACACGAUCACAUGUGCACAGCUUUCCCACAACAUCGUAGUGAGCGGAAGUCUCGACAACACCAUCAAGAUAUGGGAUACUAAGACUGGUGAAUGUCUGAACACACUCUUCUCGCAUACCAUCGGCGUCAACUGUUUACAAUUCGACAGCUUGCGCAUCGUCAGCGGCAGCGAAGACGGUACCAUCAAGGUCUGGGAUCGACAAACUGGUCACUGCAUGUACACUCUCCAGGGCCACGACCAGUCCGUGAACACACUGCAAUUCAACGAUUCCAUGAUUGUGUCGGGUUCGGAUGAUAACAAUAUCAAGAUUUUCGACUUCUCUGCCGAACCACUUCGAAUCUCUGGCUUCUGAUUGGACCAAAAUCGGGUGUUGUAACGAGCCUGCUACCCAUUGAUAGAGUCACACACGCGCUCACCCACUGCGCUGAGUACAGACCGGGCGGUUUGUGUUCAACUCUUAUUUAAGAGUUCUCGCACUCAGUUUGUAGGUAGUGUACGCGCCCUUUGGCCCAGCGGUGGUAUACGCUAAGAAUCGGGACAGUUUUGUCUGUGUAGAGUAACAUGGAAAUUAUCGCGAGAUGCCGCGUAGGCAUAUACACGGAUGGAGAGUUCUUUAUUGGUUGGUAGAUUGCCAUACAAUAUUACUAAGUCUGUUUCAGUGGAGCUCUUAAACCCGUCGUCAGGUUUCAUUCAUCAUUCAGCGCCUAGUUAUAGUUGGACAACGAUAGGUGCGCGCUCCCUGGAGAUGGCGUGGAAUACAUGUGAGCCGUUUCUAAUUAUAUUAUGGAUGAGUCAAUCGAGCACGGCAGAUCGAUAUGAAGGAGCAGAAUAAAUAGUAGUUUUAUCGCUUGAACGAACGCCGGAGGACACCACAGAGCUCGUUCUGCUGGAGCUUGUGAGGAAAUCUAGAUGCGGAUGAGGUGCACAUGCAGCACCACAACACAAUACAAUUUAAUACAGCUGAAUAAAUAGUAGUUUUAUCCUUCCAAUUUAACAUGCACUUUUCGAACACAGUCGAACGUGUACUGGUGACAAUCC